AUUUAUAUACGACAAAUUGACAAAUCACAACAUCUAAAAACUUCUGUAAGAUCCUGAUCCUCGAUUCUGUUUUCAUAAUAAGAAGUAAACUGUAUUAGUCUUUUAAAUAACAAUUUUUGUAAUAAAUUAUUACGAUGACUUUCAUACCGAAUUGGGAAGAGUUUGAAAAGUCCGCAGAGAUGUUAUACAUAAGGGAUCCCCUGAACACUCGAUACAGUAUCAAAUAUUCCCAUUCGAAAGGUGUUUUUGUCGUUAAAAUUACAGACAACAAGAAGUGUCUUCAAUACAAAACUGAAGUGCAACAAGAUGUGAGGAAAAUAGAUAAAUUUAUAUCAAAUCUAAUAAGGCAUAUGGCAUCAAAUGACAACUGAUAGCUUAUUAGACUUAUUUUAUAAGCUUAAUAUAUUAUAAUAAACUUAAUAUAAAUAAAAUGCUCUUUUCACUGUU